AUGGCAGAACUCUUGAUGAAGGCCUGUGCCGAUGGAAGCUUGGUCCUCGCGUGCGAACAUGGGCAUGCGCAGCUUGCAGAGUCCCUGAUGCUCGCUGGCGCCGACCAAGAUGGUCAGUGGGCAUACGCGGGAAAUCUGACCCCUCUCCUUUCGGCAGCAAGGAACGGCCACCAGGACGUGGUGGGCCUUCUGCUCCAGCACAGAGCGGAUCCGAACAAAGCAAUAGUGUUGUGGGGUAGCCCUUUGGCCAAUGCCUGCAGCAACGGCAACCUAGGCCUUGUACGCUUGCUGAUGGAGGCGGCAGCUCUGGUCGAUGAAGCUUCUUGCGGCCCAAGUGGUGAGGCGCGAAUGACCCCGCUUGCAGCGGCGGCGAGCAAAGGGCACUUGGAGCUUGCCCGCCUGUUGCUCGAGGCCCGGGCCGCUAUUGAUACACCUGUGGGCGAGGCCGAUGCUAACGAGAAGGAAGCUGUCACGAUGGUGGCACCACUCACUGCGGCCAUGGAGGGGAACCAUGCCAACAUGGUGUCUCUGUUGCUGCAGGCUGGGGCACAGGCGGUUGGCUGCAAGGAGUCGCCAUCGCUAUGGGCAUGUCGGCAUGGACACUUGGAGAUCUUGCGGCUCCUGAUAGCGGCUGGAUUGGACGUGAACGAGGCAUUAGAUCGACAUCCUGCAGAUUCCGAUGAGGAAGAGUGGUCGCGGUGCCAGGAGUGCGCCACGCUGCUGGCAACCUCCGCGCAGCACGGGAAUGUCGAUGUCGUGCGAGCUUUGCUCGAGGCGGGAGCGCCGGUGGACCAGGCUGCACUGCGGACAGCAGUGGUUGGAGGCAAGUUGGAGCUAGUGCAGCUACUUCUUGAAGCUCGAGCUGAUGUGAAGGGGCGCCGUGGAGACGAGGUUCCGCUCCUUCUCCUUGCGGUGGGGCAAGAGGACGCGUGCAUGGUGAGCCUUUUGAUGGAAGCUCAGGCAGACGUGGACACGGGGUGCCUGGUGCUCACCUGCCAAGAUGGAAACACACAGCUCGCACAAAUGCUGCUGGAGGCAGGGGCCGACAAGGACGGCAUCUGGGAAUACGUUGGUUUGACCCCACUCCUUGCAGCAUGUCAGAAUGGGCACUUGGGUGUUGUGGGCCUGCUGGUGCAGUCCCGUGCGGAUGCCAACAAGGAAACAUGGUUGGGAAGCCCUUUGGUCAAUGCAUGCCUCAAAGGCCACCGUGAGCUUGCGGGAAUACUGCUCGAGGCGCGAGCUCCAGUUGACAAGGACUGCUGCCAUCCAGACGGGGAGUGGCGCCUGACUCCACUGGUUGCAGCAGCGGGUUUCGGUGACGAAGAGCUUGCGCGCCUCUUGCUGGAAGCUAGGGCAGAUGUGCUGCAGGCCACGGCGAAUGGCUUUGGGGAGCCUUGCCAAACGCCCUUGCUCGCAGCGUGCCGUGGUGGGCACUCGGAGCUGGUGCUGCUCUUGCUCAGCUCCGGCGCAGAAAAUAAGAAGGAUGAAACGUGCUACCACCUGUACACAGACAGACAACCAGUCGGGAGACUGACGACACCUCUCAUGGCGGCCAUCGAGGAAGGCCACACCAACGUGGUGUCCGUGUUGUUGCAGGCAGGAGUGCAGCCAGACGGCGGCAGGGAGUCGCCAUUGCUCGGAGCUUGCGGCCUCGGGCGCUUGGAGAUCCUACAGCUCUUGCUGGCAGCUGCUGCGGAUGUGAAUAGGACGGAUCCUGGUGCACCCAUUACACCUCUCAUAGCUGCUUGUGCAAUGACAGAUGCCAGCCAUGAUGUACGGACAGAGAUGGUGCGUCGGUUGUUGCAAGAAAAGGCGAAUGCCAACCAGGAUGCGGGAACAACACCUUUGGUUAUGGCCAGCCUGCAGGGCGACCUUGCCAUCGCGAAACUUCUGUUGCUGGCUGGCGCUGACAGAGACACCCCUGCUUCCUCGUCUGUGCUUUGUUGCAGGGAAAGCAGGUGCUACACCCCACUCACCGCAGCAUGUUGGAUGGGUCAUAUCGACGUGGUCUGCCUGUUGCUUCAGGAAAAGGCAGAUGCCCAGGGCACGUGCGCUGGUGAAACGCCUCUGGUGUGCGCAUGUUUGGGUGGCUAUUCCGGGAUCGCAGGCCUGCUCCUGGCAGCUAAGGCCGAGGCAGAUGUCGAGGCCUGCAUUCGUGUAUGCUCUGGCUCGGUUUUGACCUCUGCCCACUACACCCCUCUCACCGCGGCCUGCAAGAUUCCUGGCGGUACUGAGCAGAAUUUUGGGGAUCUGAUCUGCGGGGUCUCCUGCAAGCUGUUGGAGUGGAGAUUCAAUUACACUCGGGCCAUGCUGAU